UCGUCUUUGCCGGCUAAAAUAAAACUUGUAGAUAAAGUAGAAUGCCUAAUUUUUCCGUCAGAGCCCAUCGUAAAUACUGCCGUAUAUGGAUACUGCAACUGCAGCGCUUUUUUUGAAGGAACAUUGAUCCAACAGUGUCGUUUCCUGGAAACCUAACAACAUGGGACCGCUUACAACAGUAAGACCAUCGAACAAACAAUGCAAUUUGUCAGUUUCAUCUAAUAAUUAUUAUUUGGCUGUUCGGCACCAUUUGAAAACAUUAAAAUUCAUGACCAAAGAGAAGGAAAAUAGUAGUGAGCAAAACUCCGAUUUUAUAUUAAAUGGCGGCAAGAUCAAUCUUGAACGAAGGCCGUGCAGUAAGUUAGCCACAGCAAGCUCCAAGUACUCUCUACUGACAAAAUGCUUCUCGAGGCCGGUGUCCGCCCUCCCUGCAUUGAACUGGAACGACCAGAAAGAUUCCGAUAUUUUUGAUAGAAGACCGUUUUCCGCCGGAUAUCGUCGACGGAAAACUAGUGACGAUGAAAAUAUCACUCAGCAAAGCAGCUUUGAGGAUUUAACGGAUAUACGUAACAUUAGACAGACACCCGUCAUCAGUAUAUCAAUGAAAAUUAACUUUGUAGACGCGCUUCCGUCAACAGAACUGUUCAAAAAUAUGUUAUCCGAACCGAUCAAGAGCUGGAGGGGUGCGAGACCUGGGAAUUCGUUGGUAACAACCAGCAGUUCAGGGGAAUCCAGUGAUACCGAUGUAGUUGAAAGUAAAUCGCACGCUGAAACGACUUUCAAUCCAAAUAUGCUUCAACAUGUCGAACCAGUUGAUCUUCCGCAUGAUAUAAAUGAAGAGGUAUGUGAUUAUGGUGAGCGUAUCCAUCAAAAUCUUUCGGAUAUGGAACCUGGAAUCGCUACGAAACCGCCGUUACCCAAAUCAUCCAGAACAACGGCAAUGUACAGCAACGAAGUAAUAGAAAACGUUGGAUCGUUUCUAGGAAACAGGCGUGACUAUUUUCAUGACGCGGACAACGGAGUGAUCGAAAACGAAGAUUUUGAUGUUAAAAGCGCAACAAACAGAUCGACACUGGCACAAAAUCAAUACCACUGGAGAAAUAGUCAAGCAAUUUCCGAGGAGGUGCAAAAGAAGGAGAGCGAAACCGACAAGCAUAUUCAGAACCUCAAAGACCAGAGUAUCGCUAAGGGGAAUUUCACCGACAACACAAAAAUCGCCGACAAAUGGAGGGAGCGAGCAUCGGAUGACACGUCUAAUAUGGCGGAGCUAAAUUUGGGAUCGUUUUUCAAAGAUGAAACGGAUGUCAAGUUCGAUAAGUUUUUUGAACCGGAAACUACGUUUUAUGACAAUAUUCCGAAGAACAAAGUCAAAGGAAAGUCUACAAGAACGCCAGUCCCAUUUUCGAAGAGCAAACCGAAGAUCAGUCAAGACAAGAAAGUAUCGAAAACAAGUUUUGUUUCGAGGCAAAUCAAAGGUGGAAAGGAGUGUCGAGAUGUGACCAAAGCCGAAAAGGAUAUCGAUUCGUGGAUGACGAACGACUGUCGUGCAGUAGGAACGAAGAAAAAGACAAACUAUUCGGAUUUGCUUAGCAAUAUCGGAGAAUUUGAAACGGAUGGGCAGGAACAGAUUUCUAGGAGUGGAACUGGAGAGAACGCGGUGGUUGAUAAAACUAGUAAUUCCGGUAGUUUUGAGGAUAUCGUGUCUAUUUUAGAAGCUCUUCAAAACGAAGAUAAGAGAUCACACAUGAAAAUAGCAUCAGUGAAGAAAAUAAUCGAUCACAGUUUAAACCAAUACGAUUUGGAACUAAAGACGCACAAAAUUAAAUCGCAUACUCAGAAAGAUUUUGAAAGCGUCGAUUCGGACGGCGAAAUUUUGAUAGAUGUCCAAAAAAAGGACUCCAAUGAGCGAAACGUCUCUUUCUCGCCUGUCGUUUCUCAACGGAACUAUGUGGACAUGGACGUGGAAACCGAUAACCACUCGCAUAAUAGUCCUCUGAUAGAUUUCGAGUCAUCCAAUAUCUUGCUCUCGAAGAGCGUGCCUUUGAAGGGUCAAGACAUGAAUUAUAAAGAACUGAUGUCAUUCUUAGACGAUAUGGAUGAAAAAUGUGCCAAAUCGUUGUCGCAAGCUAGAGAAAAUGCUGUGUUCGCACACCAGAUGUUAAAGACUUCUACGGAUUUAAACUGCAUCCCACGAAUGGAAGACCUGCAAGUUCUUAAUAAAGACGAACUGUGUCACCAACUAGUAGACAUAAGUUUAAGACUGAAGGACCGAAAUUCUUCCGUAAAUUUACUUCAAAACGAAUUAUCAUCUUUACGAGAAGAAGUCAUGAAACAAAAUAGACAAAUGGAAUCGUUGGUCAAACAGAAACUGAAGCAACAAAAGGAAGAAUACGAGAACGUGGUGAAGAGGCAUCAAAGGUUUAUCGAUCAACUCAUCGCCGAUAAGAAAGGUUUGAACCAGCAGUGUGAAAAUUUAACGCAGGAAAUGAAAGUAUUGGAAGAUCGCCACCAUUCCAAUACCAGAGCGCUAGAACAUAAACACCAGCUCGAAAUAAAAAAAUUAAAAGAUAUGCAUGCGGCUGGUGAGAAGAUACGCAGGGAGCGAUGGAUCGAGGGAAGAACGCAGAAAAUUAAACAACUGACCGUCAAAAGUAUUGAACCAGAAAUAAACAACAUGGAAAGGAGACACGAGCAGGAAUUGGCCGACCUGAGAUCGGUUCAUAAAAGGGAAAUUGAAGAUUUAGAACUUAAAAUGGCGAGGAAGAUGCAACAGCAAUGCGAAUCCCUUCGGGAGCAAUUAGUGAACGAAAGGGAAAAAGCGUUGACUCACGAAAGGGACGUUAUGAGGCAAAGGUAUGAAAAGAUGGUAGAAUCUGAAGAACAGAGCUAUCAGGAACAAAAAAGAAAGCUUCAAAACGAAUACGCCAACCGAACAAAAGAGUGCGAAGAAAGAGAAACAGCUGCACAGCUGGACAAGGAGAGAGCGAUUAAACAACUGCAAAAAGAACUCGAAGAUAAGCUCCAAAUGAUAAUAAGGAGGCACCAUACUGAAUUGAAAUUGGUGCGUGAAUCCUCGCAGAUGGAGUUCCAGUCAUGGCAGACUAAUUUUAUGAAGCAGCAAACAUCUGCGCUACUAGAGAAAGAAAAUAUUAUCAAAGAAGAAUAUAGGAGAGAAAAAGAAAAGGAGGUGGAAGCUCUUAUGCGCAGAGUGGAAAGUGAUAAUGGGGACUUUCGGGCGCAAAUCGAAGAAAGCAUGGAGAAUAGGAUUAGAAGGGCCAGAGAAAAGUACGAGAAAGAAAUAAAGGACUUGGAAAUCUCUGAAAAAGAAUCUAACGAUAAGUUUAUUGAAGCGAAGAAACAAGUUUUGGAAUCAGAAGAGACUAUAAUUGGUUUAAAAGCAGCUAUUAAACAACUAGAAAAUCAGAACAGUGGUUACAAAGAGACAUUGGAAAAAAUGCAAGAGGAACGAAAGUCGUUGAAGUCCGCGGUGAGAGAGGAAAUGAAAGAGGAAAUGGAGGGACUGCAGCUAGAGCUCGCUCACUUGAAAAACAAUCGGGAGAAAGAAUUACAACAACUCUAUUCAAGGAUCAAAGUCUCCGUAGCCAGAAAGGAUGACAUCUUGAGUGAGUUGCAAGUGGAGCACAAAGCAUUACAAGAAAAGUGCAUUUAUUUGGAAAACAUGCUCGAACAACAAAGGAAGGAGUAUUUAAUUAAGUAAAUGUUUGUAAGCCUUGCAUACUUGUACAUUUUCUUAUAUUUUUAUAAAGCGACAUGAUAUUCGUA